CUGUCCCCCCCGGCCUGCCCCCCGUUGUUGCCAUGUCCGUGGCCAUCGGCGUUGACGCUGCCAGCGUGGCCGCUGGUGUGGCCGUCCCAGUGCAGGGGCGAUGGAGCGGGGCCACGCUGGCCGAGUGGUGGAGCUUCUCCAGCGAGGCCUCUCCAGCCAGGCUGGGCUGGCGAGGAUCCAGGCAGCCUCUCAGGAGAACGCUCAGAAAAUAUUAGCUGUGCAGGGGGAGUUGUCAAAAGCAAUCCAGCACAUCACUGCUUUCUUGCGUUCUUUGACAGAUGGCUCGCCGACUACAGACAACAAUGCAAACAACCAGUGUAUCUUGGAUGCAGAAAUAAAAGACAAGAAAAGUCACACAGUUCAGAUAACAGUGUAAUUGGACAUUCACCUGUUUGCCAUUUCACACUUCCAUGGACGAAAAACUCACUC